UAAAAUCAAUUAUAUUAUCCUCCUGAUGUUUAAUUACACGAUAAUUAACUGUGACAAUUCUUCCACAAAUUCCGCGAUCGCCUGUCUAGUAGUUAACAAUUUUGUCUGGCAAGUGGUAACUUCUGCGCAUUUCUACGUCCAUGUGUACGUGAACAUAUUCAGGCAAGAAGUGCAUGCGUGCAGAAAAUCAGAGAUGGGUAGCACCGAGGUAACGUCGACCCCGAAGAAACUGAACGAGAGUAACGAUGUCAAUGAAGUUUAUGGGGCGAACUUGAAGAUCCUCCCGUGUAACAAUCAAGUGAAAGAAUUGCAAACUAUAUUGCGGGACAAGAACACCACGAGGAGCGAUUUCAAGUUUUACGCCGAUCGUUUGAUAAGGCUAGUGAUAGAGGAGAGUUUGAAUCAAUUACCUUUUUCUAAAUGUGUAAUAACUACACCGACCGGUGCCACGUACAAUGGUUUGAAAUACCAAAAGGGAAAUUGUGGUGUGUCCAUAGUGAGAAGUGGAGAGGCCAUGGAACAGGGUUUAAGAGACUGUUGUCGUAGUAUAAGAAUUGGGAAAAUAUUAGUUGAAAGCGAUGCCGAUACCCACGAGGCCAAAGUAGUUUAUGCCAAAUUUCCAGAUGAUAUAUCAGAAAGAAAAGUCUUAUUAAUGUAUCCUAUAAUGAGUACUGGGAAUACUGUGAUAAAGGCAAUUGCCGUCUUGAAAGAACAUAACGUGCUCGAAGAGAAUAUCAUUUUGUCAAAUUUAUUUUGUACGCCAAUCGCAGCCAAGACUCUAGUCACUGCCUUCCCGAAGAUGAAGAUUUUGACAUCAGAGAUUCAUAGCGUUGCCCCAAAUCAUUUCGGACAGAAAUACUUUGAAAAAUGUUUAAAAUCUGUCUGGACCUUCAGUAGAUUGAUUUUCUCCAAAUAAUAUGAGACUGUAAGUAAAUACGUUUUAUUCUAUUUAAAGAUGAAUCAAUCGUUUGCUCAUUGACUCAUCUUCCUCGCAUAAUACGCCAAUUAUGAUUCUUUUUUUUAUUCUUUGCUGUGUACAUCGUAAAUUACGAAUUCACGGUAACGUGUGCGUCAAUAAAGGGCGGAAUGCGUCAGCAGACGUAUAUCUUAUAUAACAUUGAUCAAGCCAUAUGAGUUCUUUCCAGAUUCCCUUUUUUCUGUUGCAUAAAACGUAUUUUGUAAAACGUAUAAAAGUAGGAAUACCGAAUUGUCGUACUGAAAAAUUUUUCAUAAUUGUACACUCCAAUGAUUCCUAGCACUCUCGCAUAAUUGUAACGAAAUAUUUCACUAUCUGGGUGAUAAAGCACAAUUUUUAUUCGAUAGAUGGAAAUAUAAUUUGCAUAAUUCAGCACUCCUUCUACAGGUGCAAUUAUAUUAAGAUAAGUUUUUUCUUUCUUUUGUUCGGUCGAUACGUUCGAUAAGUAAGAAAAUUAUUUCGUUCUUAACUGCAUGCCGAGUAUCGCAAAAUGUACUUCACUAAUGUUAUUUAUUUCUAAACUUAUCGAACGAAAUCUAAUGACGAAUCUUAUCUUAUCCUUUAGUUUUGUAUAUAAAUAGUGUCGUGUGCAGAGUUCGUAUUGUAAUCAGAAAUUACAAUGUGACGGAUGAAUACAUUUAAUAUUUAGCUGCGUAACGGGGCGUUAUACUUAGUAUCAAAACUGUGUUUCAAUACUACCCGGUCACUGCAUUUUUAUUUUUUUUUUUUCUAAGCAAUCGGAAGUACAUCCGUGUUAUCUAUUUCGAUGCAUAGUAAUGAUGCGUGAAUAAGUACAAAACGUUAGCAUACUGUCCAUCAUGAUUAAAUAUUUCUAACCAGAUAUAUCGAAACAGUGUUAUUACGAUGUUGUUAAUGUUCAUCGACUCUCAUGAACACUCGUGAUAUGAAAGAAUUUGUGAGGCCCACUAAUUUGCAACAUGUAAACGAUGUUUCAGAAAUGGAAAUUUACUAAGCUUAUUAUCACUUGUAUUAAUCAGAACUUUCCGUGUGACUGUUGAAUGAUAUCUAGAAUUGAUUAUGCAGCUUUUCUUCGGUUUGCGCAUAAGCGUGUUCGUUAUUAUUAGUUUUUUAUCUUCUUGGUCUUUGUAUUGUUUUUGUUUCUCGAUUACAAUUGAACAGACAAAAUUUCAAGUGUACCUAUGAUAUCCUCGGAGAAGAAAUCACUGUGCCUAUAAAUAAAGCUGCAUUACAGUAUCUAGAUCUGUGAUUUUAAGAACCAUAUGUGCAUUAUAUUAUGUCCUUUGAGUGUACACAGAUGUCUGUUAUUACGAACGAUAUUUGUACACUUGUUACACUGUAAGUUACGUCAGAGUAAUUUUCGAUAUAUUAAUAGUAUUUGCAUUCACAGUGAAUUUAUAUUAGUGAAAGUAUUGUACAUUAUGUAUCAUUGGAAUAUAUGAAUAAAAUUUCACAGCAAGUACUAAUUACCUAA